AUGAUUUUCGGGGAUGAUGAUGAUGAUGACCUUGGUGGAUUCACCUAUCGUCCAUUUCAGAUAAGGACUGAAAGUGAAGAUGAAGCCACCGUUACGAAAAGGAAACUUAAGUCACUUCAUGAGAAAAUAGACCAACUCCUUCUUGCCUCCAAGAACAUGGGUGCUAUGUUCAAAACUGAGAAGACAAACUUGGAGAUGAUUCGCACUGGCUUGCAGCAGGAUUAUGUCUCAUUUCAAACAUCCUUCACUUCACAAAUUACAAAGCAUCAUGAUGAUUUGGCGAUGGAAAGUAAGGUUAUGGAUGCUCUUGCCAGGAAAACAGAGAAGGUUAAAGUGUUAGACCUCAAGCUUCAACAAUCUGAGAAAAAGGUCCAGGAUUUUCUAUCUAAGAGGGUAGUUGUGCGAAGCUGCAUUUCUGAUGUCACUGGCUUGCUCUUAGAUAUCAUUCAGACCAGGGAAUCAAUGAUCUUUGUCACUAUUCAAACAAGGGGGAGAAGGUGGAUCUGGAAAGUUGAACCUCCCAAAGUCCCAACAAAUCCCAUUUUCAAGAAAGAACCUAAGGGCAAAGAAAAGUUAAUUAAAGAAGAGCCCAUAAUUGACGAUGACGAAGAUGAAGAGCCUGAUGAAGCUGAACUUAAAAGGUUUCGUGCUUUUGUGAAGGUUGUGAAUGCUCCUUUCACAAAAAGUGGUGCUAAUCAACUGUUGUUCUCCUUCUACUUGAAGCACAUGAAGCCCCAAUAUGAAACUUGGAGUGUGCAUAAAAAACUUGAUGUGAAUGUCAAUGGGACAAUUGAGACUGAAAGCUUCCCCAAUGCAAAGUUCAAAGUAGCGAGAGGUUCGGCUUGUCUAGCCUACGAAUUCACCCUUGCAGACUUGCCCUGUUUGAAUCCCAAUGACUAG